GCGAAAAUUGUAUUCUGACCUGUUACUUUUUCAAAUAAUGUUAUCGGUUGCUGCUCGUUCACUAUUUCGUUUACGUGCUCCUUUUGCUUUGACGCAGCAUAGGCAUGUCGUCAAGUUAGCCAAGAGCACUGACGAAUACCAUGCAGCUCUUAAAGCCAGUGAAUAUGUAGUUGCGAAAUUUGGCGCUAGUUGGUGUAAGCCUUGCCAGAAGGCCAAGGUAUACGUGGAGGAGUUGAGCGAGGAGCAUCCUGAGCUGCUUUUCCUAGAUGUUGAUGUUGAUGAACUGCCACAGAUUGCUGACGAGGAGGGUGUAAACAGCAUACCAAUGUUCAAAAUGUUCAAGUAUGGUAAGGCUGUUGAUAUCCAUAUCGGAGGAGACAAGCAGCAGCUUGUUGAUAUGAUUAAGAAGCACACUGUGCAGUAACCAUUGAUUUUCAUUGUGAAUUUCAAAUCAAUCUUUCACGAGGAAGGUC